AUGGCCAGCUUGAUCAAUUCAUUCAAGCAUGUCUUCAUAAGCUUACUAUUUCUUUGUGCUCAUGACAUGCUUCAAGUCAUGGCACAAUGGCCUAAGGGUGGUUCAACAAGGUUCUAUGAUUUUAAAGUCCAAAUGCUAAAAGUCACCAAGCUUUGUCACACCAGAAACAUUGUGACCAUCAACCAAAUGUAUCCUGGACCAGUCGUUUAUGCCCAAGAAGAUGACCGACUUAUAAUCAAACUCACAAACGAGACACCCUACAAUGCAUCAAUUCACUGGCAUGGUGUUAGACAGAUUCUAUCUUGCUGGUCAGAUGGUCCUUCUUACAUUACUCAGUGCCCGGUUCAAUCUGGUCAAACGUUCACAUAUGAGUUUACUUUAAUCAAACAAAAAGGGACCCUUUUCUGGCAUGCUCAUUUUUCAUGGCUUAGAGCUACUGUAUAUGGUGCCCUUAUCAUCUACCCCAAGAAAGGGGUACCCUACCCCUUUAAAUACCCUUAUGAAGAGCAUACAAUAAUAUUAGGGGAGUAUUGGAACAAAGAUCUUGUACAGCUUGAAAGAAAUGUUUUGGCUAGCGGUGGGCCUGCACCGGUUGCAGAAGCUUAUACCAUCAACGGUCAUCCCGGCCCCAACUACAACUGCUCUGAAAAUGAUGUGUACCAGAUUAACGUUGUACCCGGAAAAACCUACAUGUUGAGACUAAUUGGCGCACUUUUACACAUGGAAUGCUUCUUUUCAAUAGCUAACCACAAGUUAACAAUAGUUGAAGCCGAUGGAGAGUACACAAAACCGUUGACCACUGACCAUGUCAUGCUUGGGCCAGGUCAAACCCUUAACGUCCUAGUCACAACUGAUCAGAAAAUUGGAAGAUACUCCAUGGCUAUGGGCCCCUAUAUGUCAGGCCAAAAUGUCACAAUUCAAAAUAUAACAGCAAUUGCAUAUUUUCAAUAUCUUGGUGCUAGCCCACAUAGUGUGGCUUUACCAGCUUCGUUACUACCUAGGUUUGAUGAUAAUCUAGCCGUUAAAACCGUUAUGGAUGGGUUAAAAAGUCUUGAAGUUGGUAAUGUCCCAAAAGAAAUAGACACCAAUCUUUUCUUUACUAUUGGGUUUAAUGUCAACAAGUGUAAUUCAAAAACACCAAAACAAAACUGUCAAGGUUCUAACGGUGGUGUGAUGGCGGCUUCGAUGAAUAAUAAUAGUUUCAUUAAACCAAAAAUUUCGCUUCUACAAGCUUAUUAUGAUCAUAUUAAUGGGUAUUUCACUGAGGAUUUUCCAGGAUCUCCACUUAAGUUUUAUGAUUUUGUCAACGGCCCGAAUUCGGCUCCUAAUGACACAGGGUCAACAAACGGGACUAGGACCAAAGUUAUCGAAUAUGGGAGUAGUGUUCAACUCAUAUUGCAAGAUACAGGAACUGUGACAACAGAAAACCACCCGAUUCAUUUUCAUGGUUAUAGUUUCUAUGUGGUUGGAUAUGGUAGUGGGAAUUACAACCCGCAAACGGCAACUUUCAAUUUGGUGGAUCCACCUUACAUGAACACAAUCGGUGUACCGGUUGGUGGAUGGGCUGCAAUCAGAUUUGUUGCUGAUAAUCCAGGGGUUUGGUUUAUGCAUUGUCACUUGGAGGUACAUAUGACUUGGGGAUUGGGAGUUGUAUUGAUAGUGAAGAAUGGGCAGGGACCUAUGGAGACACUUCCUCAUCCACCAGCAGAUAUGCCUCGCUGUUAA